GAGACUAUUUGCGCCCCCUUUUUUGCUAAGUCCGCCAUCCCCAAACACGCGAAAAGACUAAAAUACCCUUCAGUAAUUUAAAUUUAAAAAAAAAAAACUACCUUAUCUCUACAAACCCUCCCCCCUCUUUCAACCGUAUACCAUCUUCCUCUCCCACCCAAUUUCAAAAGUUUCAACCCUCACAAAAUCAAGUCUCUCAAACCCACAACCAAGUCAAGAAGAGGAAGAGAAAGGAGGACAACCAGUAAGAAGAAGAAGUAAGAAGAAGAAGUUGAAGUAGAAGAGGAAGAAGGAGACCAAGUCAAGAAGGAGUAACCCACAAAAUACAACAACAACCCAUAACCCACAAGAAGAACAACAAUGCCUCCUAGGAAAACUGCCCGUGUUGUUGGUCCUUCUACUGAACCUACUGCUCCACGGGAUCGUAGCUCCACUCAUGCUUCUAACCGCAAACGGUCAGAAGAGGCUAAUAGAGGAAGGGGUAGAGGAAGGGGUCGAGGAAGGGGUAGAGGAAGGGGUAGGAAUGCUGAACAAGAGCCUGCUGUACAGGAUCAGCAGGAUGAUGAGAUUAUGGCUGAUCAGCCGGAUGAUGACACUGAGGCGGAGGAGGAGACUAGUGGUGAGGAGGAGGCUGAGGAGGAUGUCGGUGCUGACCUCGAGGCGGAGUUUGAUGAGGAGUCUGGUGAUGAGGACGAUGAGAACAGGUUGUGGUAUGAGGGAGGUCCGUUUUCUCGUGACAUAUGGAGGUCAUACAAGCGGCCAAAUUAUGAGACUAGAGGUGUGCUCAAGACCUAUAAUCAUGGGAGGAUGUGUCAUCCUGUAGUCCAUCAUGCUCGGUACAUAAGGGGUGCGGUGCAUAAUGCAGGUUUGCGGUGGGUGAUGAAAUGCACAAGCCCGAGUGUUGACCAGAGCAUUAUUUCUGCUUUUGUUGAGCGAUGGCAUCCUGAGACGUCAUCUUUCCACUUACCCUGGGGGGAAAUGACGAUCACACUUGAAGAUGUCUCAGCAUUACUCCACUUGCCCGUAGAGGGUGAGUUCUUCUCCUUUGGUAACCCGACUAGGGAAGAGGCGGCUCCUGCGGUUGCUCAGUUACUUGAUGUGGACAUUGAGCUUGUGAUGGAGGAGUUUGAUGCUUGUAGGGGUCCAUCUCUUCGCUUUAGCUUUCUCCAAGCUAUUGUGGAGAAACACGUAGAGACCAACAAUGAAGUUCCUGCAUGCCGAGCUUAUAUGCUGCGGUUGAUUGGCAUGACCCUUUUCUGUGACAAGAGCAACACAUAUAUUGGUGCUGUGUAUUUGUCUCUGUUUGAAGAUGUUGAGAAUGCAUCAAGGUGGAAUUGGGGAGCUGCCACUUUGGCUUACUUGUAUGGUCAGCUCGGGGAGGCCAGUAGGAACGGUGCUAAGUCUGUUGCUGGUUAUUUAUCUCUUCUGCAGUCAUGGGUGUUUGCCCACUUCCCCGGAUCAUUGUUUGAGCGCAGGGACAACCCUGCCUACACACCAGACAGGCCCGUUGCACUAACUUGGGAGGCGCUUCGAGGGACUACUGAGGUUGCGCAGAAGAGGAUGAACCUGGAUACGUUUCCGGCCAGUUCUGUGAUUUGGAGACCUUAUGUAGAGCACUAUGAUCACUAG